AUGGAGUCCCACGGCCAAGAUGGGCCUGACGGCUCGUCCCUAAAACCAGUCUCGUCCUUGAGAUCCCAUUUCGAGAAUAUGACCAAGUCCAAAGACGGCCUCAAGGAUAGUCCGGCUCCUGCCCCUCCUACGCGCAAUCAGUCGCCGUCUUCGAUACCGCCCCCGGUCCCGGACACGAGACCCAGCCGGACUGUGAAUGUGCCGCAGGAGAAUGGGUGGGCAAAGCAGCCGAAGGACGUGGCGAAUUCCUCGGCGCCCCGGUUACAAAACCCCGGCGACGCCGGUCCGGGGUAUCGCUCCUCCGUACACAUCAUCGCCCCUCCGCCGCUGAGCCCCAGACCUAUCAAGCCUCCGGCUGUCCUAGUCGAGCCGCCACAGUCGCCCCCGAAGCCGAGACCAUUCUCUAUGCUGCAGAGCGACACCACGGCUCGCCUGAAUCCCGAUAUCUCGAAAACUCCCACUACGCCGACCGCACCUUCACCUCGAUCCUUCAAGAUGCCUACUCGGCCAAAUACCCCGAUAGUCGAACCCGGCCGAGCCCCCAGGCCCCCGGUUGUCUCCCAGCCACCCUCGCCGCCACCGCCGCGAAGAUCUGCAGAGCUGCGGAGAGAACGCGAGGCCAGGGCUUCGCCUCCGAUCCCGCCACCGAUAAACCGCGCCGAGAAACCUGCCAAUCGCCUGUCGAGACUGAUGGGCAAUGCCCCUAAGCUGGAGAUGAGUCCUCAGGUUCCAGACCGACGUUCGCCGUUCAACAGCCCCCCUACUACUGCUAGCAGCCCCGAGAUCGAAGAGCCUCCCCUAGUACCGAACCGACCCGCACGUCCACUUUCCCAAAAGGUGCCGCCAAGGGUUAUACCGAUAACCUUCGAUCCUCCUCCCGUGCAUCUUACUAUUGCGAAUAUAAGGCGGGACCAGGAGGCCAAUGGGAUCGCCAGAACACCUAUCGCAACUCAAUUCUCCGACGACCGAUCCGCACCCGCCCUCCCCGCUCGGCCACAGACGGUUCCAGACCCGGCGUCCGCGCGUGCCCCAGCGAACGCGCCCCUGAAGCCGCCGCCUCGGCCCCCGCGACCUACCGUGGCAACCGUUAGCCCAAGCGUAGACGCCCCCGUGUCUUCCCAGGCCGCGCGUGCUGUCUCGACUCCAACUACGCAAUUUGCGCCGCCUCCGUCGCGGACUCACGGAAGAUCCCUGACUGUGGACAAGGGCGCCGAAAAGAUCCCGGCCGACGGCCAUGAACCUUCGAGGAGGCCUGCCGCAAGUCAUCCAAACGGCCACCCUUCCGAUUCCCCAGUUUCGGGCACUACAAGCCACACAGAAAUCAUAACACAAUUCCCCGAUUCGGCGAAAAUAAAUCGCCGACCGCCUGUCAUAAAGCAAGGCGCACACGAAAUCAAUACCAAAUACGAUACGAGGGUAUUCGACGUUUGUGGACAGUACGUGUGCACCGCCGGCCAGUUCACUCGGGUCUGGAGUCUACUCGAUGGCGAGCAGGUCGUGAGCUUUGCUCACGGCGAAGGGGUUCGGGCCACCGCGGUAUCAUUUAAGCCCACUCUCGACAUCCAGGAUGAGGGAAUGCGCCUUUGGAUCGGUAACAACGUCGGCGAGCUCGUAGAAGCCGACGUCGGGACCCAAAGCAUAGUCGGUAACAAGACGAACGCCCACGGCCGAAAUGAAAUAAUCAAGAUCUACAGGUAUUACAACGAGAUGUGGUCCCUGGAUGAUGGGGGUACUCUGCAUGUCUGGGGACCGGACGACGAAGGAAUUCCCAACUUGGCCAUCAACCCUCACCAGACCUACAGGCUGCCUAAGGGGCACACCUUUUCGAUAAUAGUCGACGGAGAGUUGUGGCAUGCGACCGGGAAGGAGAUCCGCAUAUUCGCGCCUACCGCCAACGGCCGAAAUCAAGUACAAGUCCUCAUGAGACCUCUCGUCGCGGAGGGAGCAGGCGAAGUAACGUCUGGCGCUCUCCUCAAAUCGCAGCCUGGCAAGGUGUUCUUUGGUCACAACGACGGCAAAGUGAGCAUCUACUCCCAAAAGGAUUUCGCAUGCCUCAGCGUGCUUAACGUCAGCACCUACAAGAUCAACUCUCUAGUCGGCGUAGGGGGGCGUAUGUGGGCCGCCUACAACACUGGCAAGAUUUGCGUCUACGACGUUUCCGAGUCACCCUGGGUCGUCAAGAAGGACUGGCAAGCUCAUAGCAACCCGGUUGUCAAGCUCGUUGCCGACCCGGCGAGCUUCUAUAAGCUGGAUCGAUCUCAGGUAGUGUCUCUCGGAGCCGACAAUACGGUCAGAUCGUGGGAUGGGCUAUUGCAAGACGACUUCCUAGAAACCGAGAUGAAAACCCUCGACAAGCAAUAUUGCCAAUUCGAGGACAUAAAACUGUUGGCGAUGACGUGGAAUGCCGGGGCAUCGACCCCCAACAGUCUCAGAUAUUCCGACUCCGACGCCAUGUUUAUGCAAAAUCUGCUGCAGUCGAGCGAUUCUCCGGACAUUCUCGUCUUCGGAUUCCAGGAGUUGGUGGAUCUGGAGGAUAAAACCGCUACGGCGAAGCGCUUCUUCAAACCGAAGAAGAAAGAUGCGACGGACCAAGAGCGGAUGAGCCAUCAGUACCGAGAUUGGAGGGACUUCCUCGUUCGGUGCCUCGACGACUUCUUGCCCAGUUCCCUAUAUCACCUACUGCAAACCACGACGCUCGUUGGACUCUUCACCUGCAUAUUUGUGAAAUCGACGCUCCGCGAUCGUAUACGAAAUCUCGGCAGCGCCGAGAUCAAACGUGGGAUGGGGGGCUUGCACGGGAAUAAAGGCGCCAUCGUCGUGCGGUUCAUGGUGGACGACACCUCGCUCUGCUUCAUCAAUUGCCAUCUCGCGGCCGGCCAGUCGCAAGCCAAUCACCGACAUAACGAUAUCGCCGCCAUCAUGGAAAGCGCCCUCCUUCCCGGGGAACGCGACCCUAGCGUUCGUAUCGACAGCUACGUCGGCGGCGGCGACGGGACCAUGGUGCUCGAUCACGAGCUCUGCCUGCUAAACGGCGAUCUCAACUACCGUAUCGACACCAUGUCGCGGGAUACGGUCGUGAUCGCGGUGAAGCAGAACAAUCUCGCCAAGCUCCUCGAGCGAGAUCAGCUCCUCGUCGCCCGUCGGAGGAAUCCGGCAUUCAAACUUCGGGCUUUCGAGGAGAUGCCGAUCGAGUUCGCGCCGACGUACAAGUACGACGUAGGGACGGAUACGUACGACAGCAGCGAGAAGAAGCGUUCUCCCGCCUGGUGCGACCGCCUCCUCCACCGGGGUUCUGGCAGGAUCCGGCAACUUGACUACAGGCGACACGAGGUGCGGGUAUCAGACCACCGACCCGUGACCGGCCAGUUCAAGUUUACGGUCAAGACCAUCUCGCCUCAGAAACGAACGUUGGCUUGGGCGGACUGCCAGCAACGUUUCGAGGACCUCAGGGGGAAGGAGGCGAGCGAGGAGAUGCUUAACUACCUCACCAAAUUUAUCGGAUUUGAUAUGGAAACGAGUACGGAGCUGUUGCAAGAGAAAGCAGCCAGGAGGGACCACAGGAGUCCAAGCCGACUUAACGAAUAG